AUGGACAUAAGGAAUGAGAGCACAGUGACAGAGUUUGUCCUAGUGGGCUUUGAGCAGAGCUCUCCUUCUACACGGGCUUUGCUCUUUGCCCUCUUCCUAGCCCUCUACAGCCUCGCCAUGGCCAUGAAUGGCCUCAUCAUCUUCAUCACCUGGACAGACCCCAGGCUCAGCAGCCCCGUGUACUUCUUCCUUGGCCACCUGUCCUUCCUGGAUGUCUGCUUCAUCACCACCACCAUCCCACAGAUGCUGAUCCACCUGGUGGUCAUGAAUCACACUCUUGCCUUUGCCUCCUGCUUGGCCCAGAUGUAUCUGGUUUUUGGUGUGGGUGUGGCUGAGUGCAUCCUCUUGGCUUUCAUGGCCUAUGACCGUUAUGUUGCAAUCUGCCACCCACUUAACUAUGCCCAAAUCAUGAGCCGGCAGGUCUGUGUGAGGCUGGUCAGUACUGCCUGGUUCUUUGGGUUGAUCAAUGGGAUCCUGCUUGAUUACAUGACAUUUCGUGGUCCAUUCUGCAAAGACAACCACAUAGAAAACUUCUUCUGUGAAGCCCCCAUAGUGAUCACCCUCUCUUGUGGAGACCCCCAGUUUAGUCUGAAAAUGAUCUUUGCCGAUGCCAUCGUGGUGCUGCUCAGCCCCAUGGUGCUCAUCGUCAUCUCCUAUGCUCGCAUCCUGACCUCCAUCCUGGGCAGAGCCUCCUCCUCUGGUCGGGGGAAGACCUUCUCUACUUGUGCCUCCCAUCUGACUGUGGUCAUCUUUUUCUACACUUCGGCCAUGUUCUCUUACAUGAACCCCCGUAGCACCCAUGGUCCUGACAAAGACAAGCCUUUCUCUCUCCUCUACACCAUCAUCACCCCCAUGUGCAACCCUAUCAUCUACAGUUUUCGAAACAAAGAAAUGAAGGGGGCUAUGGUGAGGGCCCUUGGGAGGAGCAGCCUGGCCCAGGCACGGUCUGUCUAG